GACUACAGUAGCCGAUAGUCUGACCUAACACCACAAACACCUAAUGCUUCUCGGUGGUCAGAUGCUUAAUGGUCUAGUAAUAAUAAUUCAUACUUUACAAAUCUUCAAAGAGCUUCAUAAAUGCUAGUCAGAAUAGGGCCCUCAAUUGAAAGUUUUUCAUUGUUUCACUAUGCCGGUAGAUUCAUCUGAAUCGAGGUUAUUGCGAUUGCAUUCAUGACUGGUAGAUUAGAUCUCCUUCGAAGAGGAGGAGUGUCAAUUGCCCAUACAGCGAAAUGUCAACCCUUCAAAGUAACAUUCGCGUCUUCAUACAGUGGAAAGAGCAAACUGUAUUCGCGGGCGAAGAUAUAGAGUGUCAAAUCACUUUCAAAAACGUCGCGACGUCCCCAGCGUCAUCAAAAUCAUCAUUACAUCCACCCGGACCCAAUGGGUUGCUGCAGUCACCCGAAAGACAGAGAAGACCUCCGUCACACAUCAAAAGCUCAACCCUGAGCCCGCGGUCUGGAAUUCAAAGCAGAGGUGGACAUCGAUCAUCCCUUUCCAUGACAAUACCACCCGAAUCAGUACAUUCAAAACAAUCAGAACAAUGGAGUCAUGGAACAUCCAGGCCCGGAAGAGGAGGGGAAGGGCAUAAACGGUCCGUAUCUAUUAUAUCAAUGGGAGCUAGUGAAAGCGCUAUCGAUGAAGUCGCCAGCCAUGGAAGCUUGUCCGAAAGGCCUGGUAGAGGUGGCAGAGGUCAUGGUCGGUCUGCAAGCUUGCAAAUCGUUCCACGAAGGAAUGGAGUUAAUGGAGGACCUAUGACAGCACCACUUAAUUCUCGUAUACCACCUCACCCGUCGCCGUUGAUGGGCUCCUCUUUCCCACCGAAUUCAUCUGUACCAAAUACUCCCCGGCGAAAUACAGGUACGAGUAAUCUGCCAACUACAUCAGGGCUUGGGUCACAUCUAGCAAGAAGGAAAGACUCAACUCCACUUGCUCCGGCCUUUAAAUUUCCAGCAUCCACCUCACCUUCGAUAGAGAGUCGACGUAAUUCACGCAUUGAAGAUGAUAACGCAAGUCACAAAUCUCAUGAUAGCCGGCUGCUCUCCCCCAGAUCUAGAGAUACCGUCCUAAGUAUUCCCGAUCAAAUAACACACGCACCUAUUGCAAGAAUACUCUCGCCAUCGAGCAUGGGUGGCACACCACGAAGCAGCGGGGAAUUCUAUACUCUAAGCAACAACUCGACAGAAACCCUCGCUUCAGAAUAUUUACCACAACCAUCAAAUCGGAUGCCACCUUACAGUGGGCACCACAUAAAACGGUCUUCAAAUUUAGCUCCCAGUAGCAGUCACAGGGUACCAGAAACGCUCAUGAUGGGCUAUGCUCAAAUCCAUGGGUCUUUUAUGCUGGAUCCAUCCUUAAUUAGUCAAGCCCCAUUCGAAGAAGUGAAGCGAAAAGGUGCAGUCGGUGGGCAAGGUGGGGGUGUGAUUGGGGUUGAAACGAACAAAAGGGACAGUAGUCUUUUGCGAACAUUUGGCUGGGGAAGCAUAGGCGAAUCGAUCGGUGGUUUAUUAGGGGGCGGCGAACUAAGUAGCAUGAAAGAUAUGCGGGGCAUGGUAAAUUCCCGUUCCAUACCUUUACUGUCAACUCCUCAAUCGAUUUUGUUUGUGGAUUUGAAAUUGGCUCCUGGGGAAAGUCGCAGUUACAAGUACUCUUUCAAACUACCUAGAGGACUGCCUCCCAGCCAUAGAGGGAAGGCUAUAAAGAUAUCCUACAAAUUAGUUAUCGGCACCCAAAGACCGGGAGGUGCCAAGGAGCAACAAGUCAAGUCAGUUGAGAUACCAUUCCGACUCCUAGGCAGCGUGAAUUCUCACGGAGAGCUUCUUGGGCAUGAUCUUAUGUUACCAUAUAUACUACUUCGAGAUCAAGCUCGAAUUCAAACUAUUAACACGCAGUCCCAAGAAAGCUUGAGUUCUUCACUUAAAAAGCUCUCAGUCAGGACACAUAAAACGCAAAAACCCAAUUCGAACCUAGGCGAAUUCCUUGCAUACGUUGAUGAAUUAAUCACGAAGCCACGACGAAAUUCUAGCUUUGGCUUAUUAUCGCCCACAGAACCUAUAGGAUCUAGACGCCAAUCUAUUAUCGAGGAGCCUGCAACUGCAAAAGAAGCAAUUGAUAUGGCCAUCCUCCGCAGCAAUAUUGCCACAGAAUCCCAACAAAGUGCAAACAGAUUUGAAAUUGCCCGCGGUGGAAAGAGAGUUGCGGUAGUCAUGUUAGCUAGACCGGCAUAUCGCCUAGGCGAAACCAUCACUGCAGCUAUCGAAUUUACUGAUGCUGGAAUUCCCUGCUAUGCAAUACACUGUGCUUUAGAGACAUCCGAAAAAGUCGACCAUUCUAUCGCGCUACGUUCCGAGGCAAGCAUAUUUCGCGUUACUCGUCGCGUUCACGUUUCGCAUUCUGAAUCUACUCUCUUUGCUCGCCGCAUAGUCUUUUCCCCCACCAUUCCCGUCGCCGCAACCCCUGAAUUUAUCACUAGUGGGGUAUCGCUUGACUGGCGUAUUCGCAUUGAGUUCGUUACCCCUAGACUUGCAACCGUGGAUAAUGAGGUUGUUGAUUUAUCGCCUGAAUUGUUGGAAGAAUACACGAAUGAUGAAAGAGGGGUUGUCUAUGCAGCAGUUCAAGGGCUUGAAUGUGAAAGUUUUGAAGUUGCUGUUCCCAUUAGAGUAUACGGUGCCUUGGCUGGCACUACAGAAAAAGAAGAAAGCGAGGGGAUGGGCCUCGUUGUAUAAUUGGCACGAUAUCAUAAAGGUUACAAAAAUAAAAUAUGGGUGGUAUACUUGGAUAAAGGUAUUUAUAGCGUCUAGUAUUUUGGAGCUUUCAUGUUCAUUUUGGGGGUUUUAUAAUGAUCAGCGAUCAACGCCUACAUGACCUCUACUACGAAGAAGAAAUGAAAAGGAUGGAAAAAGGAUGGAUUGAUGGAUGAGUGGAAGUGGAUUGGUGCAAUUGACUUUAUAUGUAGUAGAUAAAAUUAGAUAUCUAUCAAAAAGAUGUUCAUACAGGAGAUUUGAUCAUCACUGGUUCACUAUCUAGGCUCUCACUGCAUGGUGAUAAAUACCAGAUUUAGUGGCUAAUAAUACAAUAUAGAUGAACACACAACAGCAUUGACGGCGAGUUGGAUAAAUUAUAAGAUUGGCUACCUGUUUGGUAGUCAUCUAUAUGUAAACUUGAUGGGGCAUAUUGAGAUUCCAGCUCAAAAUUAGGAUUGAUGGAUGUGAGAUGGUUGAUUUGAAAUGGGAUAUCGAAAAGCCA